CAAAAAUGAAUGCGCCAGCUGCUUUCGAAUCAUUUUUGCUUCUCGACGACAAGAAAUUCUACAUUGAAAAAGACACAAAGGUUCCAAAUGCGGCGAUCUUCACAAUCAUGAAGGAGGAUCACACGCUGGGAAAUAUGCUGAAAAUCCAACUUCUCAAGGACCCAGAGGUGCUGUUCGCCGGCUACAAGAACCCUCACCCGUUGGAGCACAAGAUCUUGCUCCGAAUCCAGACAACCAACAAUACGACGCCAGCUGAUGCUCUCACAACGGCCAUAACCGAUUUGGUGGGAGAACUCUCGUUGCUCGAGCAUCGAAUCGACGCGGCCAUCAAAAAGUGCACUCAAUCCGGCGACCAGGAGCGUGGAUAUAACUGAUUUUUCACUUUUUCCUUACUGAUCUCUUACUCUGAACUUUUAUAAAUUUUAAAUUACGCUUUU